GGCGGGGUAGUCCGGCGACGGAGCCGCUCUGGGAAAACGAGAUUCCCCAUCUUGGCCACGUGGGCUUUCGCUUGUUCGGGCGCCGGCCUGCCUCUCCGCUCCGUCGAUGGGCUUCCCUGCCGUGUGCGACAGGCUUUCUCCCGUGCGAGGUUUAGGCUUCCGAGUCUCCCAACGCCCUCGUUCACGAGACAAUGGAAUUUCAGUUCAACUUCUCUGUGGACAAAAUAGCAGAAAACAGAACAGAUACUCCUGAGAAUGAAAAGCUACAGCAGGAAAUGGUCCUAUUGAAUAAUCAAGACAACAGCAAUAUUACCUCAGAAGAAAAUAAAUUAAAUGACUUUUUAUCUGGAACCAUUGCUAAUAUAUCAAACCACAGUACUUUGAAUGCAAGCCCUGAUACAAGUUUGUUGAGGAAACAGUCCUGUCCCAAAUCUGCCAAGAUGCAUGAUAUUCCUAAAGAUGUCAGUAAAGUCCUUGAAAACAAAACUAUUGGAACUUUACCGGGCAUUCACUAUGCAAAUAUUUAUGUAGUGGAGACUGCACUCCAAGGAAACUCUGUUAAAGAAAGCAUUAUGUCUUCUCAAUCUGACCUAAUUACAGGUGUCUAUGAAGGAGGUUUAAAGAUUUGGGAAUGCACUUUUGAUCUCCUGGAUUAUUUAUCUGAAACUGAUAUUCAGUUUGCACAGAAGUCUGUUUUGGACCUUGGGUGUGGAGCUGGACUGCUAGGAAUAGUUGCACUAAAAGGAAAUGCCAAAGAAGUUCAUUUUCAAGAUUAUAACAGUUCAGUAAUUGAAGGAAUCACCAUACCGAACGUACUGGCUAAUUAUUCUCAAAAUGAUGAUGGUGAGGAAGAUACCCAGCUUCACCUAAAUCAAUCUAGGAAAAAAGACUUCACCCAAGAUUUUCUGUCUAAAUGCAAGUUUUUUUCUGGAGAAUGGUCAGAAUUUAGUACAUUUAUUUUAAAUAACACCAAACCUUUAGUAAAAUACGAUCUCAUACUUACAUCAGAAACUAUUUAUAAUCCUAAUUACUAUGAAGUUUUCCAUGAUGCACUUUCAAGUUUAUUGGCAAGGAAGGGCACCAUAUUUUUAGCUAGCAAAGCCCAUUAUUUUGGGUGUGGAGGAGGGGUCCACCUUUUUACAAGUUUCAUAGAAAAGAAGAAUGUAUUUAAAUCUCAAGUGGUUAAAGUUAUUGAGAAGGGGCUCAGUCGUUUCAUUAUUGAACUGACAUUUAAGAAUUCCUGUUAAAAUGCUAACAUUAUUAAAUAUGUAUUUUCUGUUAUCAGAGGUGUUGUAAUAAAUUAUUACUACAUUUGACUACUUACAUAAAAACUUCUUUCAUUUAC